AGAGAGAGAAAGAGAGAGAGAAAGAGAGAGAGAUCUCCUCUGUUGUUUCUCUCUCUAAAAAUUUGGUUCAGGACAGAAGAUAUAGACGGACUCGGGAAAGAAGGGAUACACAACCUAAAGAGAGAGGUUUUUCUGCCUAAGAGCUUUGACCCUCUCUCCUUCGUGACGUGUUUCACAUCUUAAAUUUCUAUUUACAACCUCAUCUUCUCAUACACUUCCUUUUGUUCCAUUAAAUCACCUGCGGAUCUUCAACCCAUCUGGGUUUUCCUCAGAUUGCUCUUCCUAUGUGAGAGAAUCUGAAAAUCUUGUGGGUUUUCGAUCUGUGAAUAAAUCUAUCGUAUUCUGCUGCUUCGUUGCUUCCAGGGUUUUGAAUAUUUUUAGGAGACAAAGCUUGUUCUGUUCGUUUCUCCAGCGUUUUCUGCUUCCAGAGCCUCGAAAGUUCUUAGACGACAUUGGAUUCUUCCUUAAUAUUGGGUUUGAUCUCCCGUUCAAAUCUUGCAAUUUGAUUUGUUUGGAGAUCGAAAAAAAUUGGGUAAAUAUAAGCUCUGAAAUAUGGGGAAUUGCUGUGUGACACCGGUGAUUUCGACGGGGAAGAAAAAGGGGAAAAAGAAGGGCAACCCUUUUGCUAUUGAUUAUGUUGGGAAACAUGGAAACGGAGUUGGUAAUAAGCUUGUCUUGAAAGAUCCAACGGGUAAUGACCUUGGGGUCAGAUACGAACUGGGUCGUGAGCUAGGUAGAGGUGAAUUUGGGAUUACGUUUCUCUGCACUGAUAAAACGACAGGGGAGGCAUUUGCCUGCAAAUCAAUCUCCAAGAAGAAGCUGAGAACUGCAGUGGAUAUUGAGGAUGUGAGAAGAGAGGUGGAGAUCAUGAAGCAUUUGCCCCCACACCCAAACAUUGUGAGCUUGAAGGAUACUUAUGAGGAUGAUAAAGCCGUCCAUCUUGUCAUGGAGUUAUGUGAAGGUGGUGAAUUGUUUGAUCGAAUCGUUGCCAGGGGACAUUAUACCGAACGGGCUGCCGCCAUUGUUACUCGCACCAUCGUUGAAGUUGUUCAGAUGUGUCACAAACACGGGGUGAUGCAUCGGGACCUCAAACCUGAGAACUUUUUGUUUGCAAAUAAGAAGGAAACAGCUCCCUUGAAGGCAAUUGACUUUGGGUUAUCAGUUUUCUUUAAACCAGGUGAAGAGUUUACAGAGAUAGUUGGAAGUCCUUACUAUAUGGCUCCAGAGGUUCUGAAGCGAAAGUAUGGCCCAGAGAUUGACGUAUGGAGUGCUGGAGUGAUCCUUUACAUUUUAUUAUGUGGUGUUCCACCUUUCUGGGCAGAAACUGAGCAAGGAGUUGCACAGGCUAUUAUUCGCUCGGUUGUAGAUUUUAGGAGAGACCCUUGGCCUAAAGUCUCUGAUCAUGCAAAAGACCUUGUCAAGAGGAUGCUUGAUCCAGACCCAAAGGGGCGGUUGACUGCUCAGCAAGUGCUUGAUCAUCAUUGGUUGCAAAAUGCUAAGAAGGCUCCAAAUGUAAACCUGGGUGAGAAUGUCAGAGCAAGACUCCGACAAUUCUCCGUAAUGAACAAGCUCAAGAAAAGAGCCCUAAGGGUGAUUGCGGAACAUUUGUCAGUGGAGGAAGUGGCUGGGAUAAAGGAUACAUUUGACAUGUUUGACACUGAAAAAACUGGAAAGAUCAAACUUGAGCAGCUAAAAGCUGGAAUUCGAAUGGUCGGACAGCCAUUCUCUGAUGCAGAGAUCGAGUUUCUAAUGCAGGCUGGUGACGUAGAUGGUGAUGGGGCUCUCGAUUAUGGAGAGUUUGUUGCAGUUGCAGUACACAUGAAAAAGGUCGGGAAUGAUGAUCAUCUUCGUAAAGCCUUUGCAUUCUUUGAUAAAAAUCAGAGUAGUUACAUAGAAAUUGAAGAACUACGGGAAGCUUUAGCCGAUGAAUUGGGUUCUGAUGGUGAGGAAGUCAUCAAUGCCAUUAUUCACGACGUGGACACAGACAAGGAUGGACGAAUUAGUUAUGAAGAAUUCGCCACCAUGAUGAAGGCAGGCACAGACUGGAGGAAAGCAUCGAGGCAGUAUUCUCGAGAACGGUUCAAUAGUCUCAGUAUGAAAUUGAUGAAAGAUGGACCAUUGCAGUUACCAAAUGAGGGUAGAUGAAACAUUUUAAUGAAAAAAGAAGUAAAAAGUGUGAAAAAUGAAGAGUAAAGAAAGAAAUUCUUUUUGCC